UUGCCUAGCUCCAGGCUCGUUUGCCGGACUGAGGACCAUUUGUUCGGGGCUACUCGAAGACCUCCAAGAUGUGCGACUGUUUUCAUCUACCCUUCCCAAACUGGCGAGGGGAUCCAGCCAGUGGUUCUGUCCAGUGUUUAAAAGAGGCUGAGGUAGACCCUGGGGAUCGUGAUUCUGUGUGUGAGCUGCCAACAGAAUUUGUAGAAACUGUUAGACCAAGGCCUCAGGGAUCUUCACCAGUAUAUGACUAUUCAUUAGCAGAGGAAUACAAAGGAAAGAGGCUACUGGGGCAGCUACCACAUGAAGAACUUGGCGACAUCACAGACCAGAAAAAGGAGUUAGAAAUUUUGUCUAAGAAACAAUUAUCUGCAAAGAUGAGUCACAAAGUGGAAGAAAAGGAAAAGGAUGUUGUGGAAGUAUUUGUGAACACAGAGGCUGAAGUAGGUGCAACUGGUUUCAGUGUUAAAAGUGGAGAAAAAGAUGGCAUAUUCAUCAAACAUGUUCUGAAGGAUUCUCCUGCUGCAAAACAGCUACGAAUGAGAGAAGGUGACCAACUUAUCAGUGCUACAAUUUAUUUUGAUAAUGUCAAAUAUGAGGACGCACUCAAGAUUUUGCAGUACUCAGAACCAUACAAAAUGAAAUACUGCCUGAAACGAACAAUAUCUAAUACACUAGGAUCAGAGGCAGUUGAAGUAAAAGGAAGUAAACCUAUCGUGGGAGCAGAAGAAGAGUUUUUUUCAAAACUUUAUGGAAGUAAAGCAAAAAUAGCAAGACGUGCUUCUGAAGAAAUGAGCACACCAACAGAAACACAAACGCAAGAAGCAACACAGAAGGGAAGGACAAAGGCGGCUGAAGUACCUGAUGUAACUUUUUCUUGCCCCAAGUUUCCAGCUUUCAAAAAAACAAAGACAUACAAACUGGACAGAUCACACAGCCUAUCAGAAACGGAGGAAUGUGAACAACACGAUGUAACUGCAACAAGCACAGAUAUAGAGUCCCAUUUAAAAACAGCAGAAACCCCUCAAAAGCUAAAAAAACGUAGAAGAAAAAUAAAACUUCCACAUAUUGGUGCAGGAGGAAUUAAAAUGGGGAAAACAGAAAACUCUGAGCAGAAAAGACAAGAACCGUCACCAGGCAGCAAGGAGUCAUCAACUUUGAAAUAUGAGAAAUUCAAAACACAUGCAGAUAGUAUACCACAAAGCACAAAUGGCAUCACAAAAACAAUAAUAAAGCAAUCUGAUUCAAAGCUGGAGAAUCAGAGCAAUGCAAUGGAACCGGACAAUAUUAAUAUAGACUCCAAACUGAAAAUGCCAAAACUGAAAAUAGCAAAGUUUAUCCUUUCAGAACCAAUUCAACCCACAAUUGAUAUUGAAACAAAAUUACCAGACAAACAAUCACACUUGCCAACAUCAGCUACAAACAUGGAACAGCAGAAAAUUGAAAUUAAUGAUUCAAAAAGAGACAGUAACGCACAAUCAGCUAUUCUGACCACUGCUUCAGAAGGUAAAUUGAAAACAGGCAGUGGACUAUCCGAACCUAAAUUACAAGUAAGGAAGAAAUAUGAUAAAAUAACUGUCCAACAAAGGCAACAGGUUGUCUCACAUAAAGAACCUAGUAGUGUACAUGUAAAAGCUGAUGUUAUAUUGCCAUUAGAUGAGGGACAAGAAUCAAGUAUGAGCAAGCAGGUUGCUGAGAAACCACUCCCAAAAUCUGAGAAAAAAACAAAGAAAUCCAAGACAGAUAAGCCAGGAAAAAUUAGAAAAACCAAAACUAAGGAAGACAAAGAUAAGACUUCUGAGCAAGCAAGUAAGUCUUCAACACUUGCAAUAGAUGUUAGCUUAAUGAAAAUUGAUGCCAAAGGUACAAACACUGAUAGAGAUAUCACAGAACAAGGAGGAGAAGUGCUACCAGGCAGGUUACUGGGUAAUCUCACAACAACAUUCACUGAGCCUGAAGAGGCAGACUCAAUCUUGGAGAACAGCAAGGGGCAGCAGGCAAUUGAAAGUUCGGGCAUGAAAUAUCAAACACAUCAGAGGGAGCAAGAGUGUGAUUCAUAUCCAUCAAUAACUGAGGUAAAUAUGGAAAUUCCAAGGAUGGAAAUAAAAGAAGAAAAGAAAAUGAGAAAGUCAAAAACACAAGGACAAGCAUUUGGAUUAUCUAGACCUGAGAUUAAACAUGGAAAAAUGAAUGUUCAUGCCAGCCUCCCCACAGUCGCUCUCUCAAAAAAAAAUACCGAUGUGGAUGGCAAUGUUUCAAAUGUAAAUUUGCAAACAGGCAAGAUGGAAGGUGAUCUUAGUCUUGGGAAGGUUGACAUCAAAGAUCCUGAUGUCGGUCUAAAAAAGCCUGAAGUGGAAAAAACAAAAGUCGCUAUUGAAAUGAGAAAAGUGAAAGGGAAGUUGGAUGUCAAUGUGUCCAUGCCGAAACCUGAACAUGUUUCAGCUCUAGGUAUGUCAGUAGAUAUUAAAGCUACAUCAACCAAUGCGGAUUUGCCUACAGUUGAUGUAGGUUUAGAUUCAGCAGAUCUGAAGGUGAAAGGUGAGGGAGCAAAGUUCAAAAUGCCAUCCAUGAAAAUGCCAUCAUUUGGUAUUUCUCUUCCAAGGAAUAAAAGACCUGAAGUUGAUGUGAGUGUGAGCAAGCCCAAUGUUGAUAUUUCAGUUGAAAAGCCAGAGGUCGAGGUUGAAGGUCCCAGCAUUGACAUAGAAACACCAAAACCUGAAGGUGAUCUGCAGGCACCGGAUGACGAUAUUGAAGUUAGAGGCGGAAAAAUGAAUCUGACCAAAUUCAAAACUCCAAAAUUUGGAUUUUCCACUCCCGAUAUAAAAGCUCCAAAAGUGGACCAGGAUGUAAAUCUCCCCAAAGUCGAUGUCUCCCUCAAGAAACCUGUGGUGGAUAUCAAAGUACCGAGUGUUGAUGUCAUGACAGGCAAGAUGGAAGGUGAUCUUAGUCUUGGGAAAAUCGAUAUCAAAGGUCUUCAUGUCGCUCUAAAACAGCCUGAAGUGGAAAAACCAAAAGUCGAUGUUGACAUCCCAAAAGUGAAAAGAAUGUUGGAUGUCGAUGUGUCCAUGUCAAAACCUGAAAUUGAUGUUUCAGCUCCAGGAAUGUCAGUGGACAUUAAACCUCCAUCAGCUGACAUUGAUGUGCCAGCAGUUGAUAUCGAUUUAGAUUCAGCAGGUCUGAAGUUGAAAGGUGAGGGAGCAAAGUUCAAAAUGCCAUCCAUGAAAAUGCCAUCAUUUAGUAUUUCUCUUCCAAAGUUCAAAGGACCGGAUGUUGAUGUGAGUGUGAGCAAGCCAGAUGUUGAUAUUUCAGUUCAAAAACCAGAGAUAGACAUUAAAGGUCCUAAAAUUGACGUAGAAACUCCAAAACCUGAAGGUGAUCUGCAGGCACCGGAUGUUGACAUUGAAGUUAAAGGGGGAAAAAUGAAACUGCCCAAAUUCAAAACUCCCAAAUUUGGAUUUUCCACUCCCGAUAUAAAAGCUCCAAAAGUGGACCUGAAUGUAGAUCUCCCCAAAGUUGAUGUCUCACUAGAGAAACCUGAGGUGGAUAUCAAAGUACCGAGUGUCGAUUUCACAGCAGGCAAGAUGGAAGGUGAUCUUUGUGUUGGGAAGAUGGACAUCAAAGGGCCUGAUGUCGGUCUAAAACUGCCUGAAGUGGAAAAACCAAAAUUCGAUGUUGAAAUGCCAAAAGUGAAAGGGAUGUUGGAUGUCGAUGUGUCCAUGCGUCAACCUAAAAUUGAUGUUUCAGCUCCAGGAAUGUCAGUGGACAUUAAAGCUCCAUCAGCUGACGUUCAGUUGUCAGCAGUUGAUGUAGAUUUAGUCUCAGCAGGUCUGAAGGGGAAAGGUGAGGGUGCAAAGUUGAAAAUGCCAUCCAUGAAAAUGCCAUCAUUUGGUAUUUCUCUUCCAAAGUUCAAAGAACCUGACAUUGAUGUGAGUGUGAGCAAGCCAGAUGUUGAUAUUUCAGUUGAAAAACCAGAGGUACAUAUUCACCAUUCCAAAAUUGAUGCUGGAGCUCCAGAAGUUGAAACUGACUUGCCGGCACCAGAUGUUGAGAUUGAUGGAAAAAGAGGAAAAAUAAUGUUUCCAAAAUUCAAACUUCCAAAACUUGGAUUUUCUGCUCAUGAUAAACAUACUGCCCAGAAGGAUUUUGAAGGAAAUCUCCCUGAGGUUGAUGUCUCACUUUCAAAAGCUGAUGUGGAUAUCAAAUUAACAAAUGCAGAUAUCAAGCCAGCCAAACUGGGAAGUGAUCUUAAUAUUGGGGGCAUUGAUCUGAAAGGUCCUAAUGUCAGUCUAAAAAUGCCUGAAAAUGAGAAACCUGCAAUUAAUAUUGAAAUGCCAAAAAUGAAAGGGAAGGUGGCUGUUGAUGUGUCCAUGCCUAAACCUGAACUUGCCGUUUCAUCUCCAGGAAUGUCAGUGGACAUUAACACUCCAUCAACUGGCAUUGAUUUGCCAAUAGUUGAUGUGGAUUUAGAUUCAGCAGAUCCAAAGGUGAAAGAUGAUGGUGCAAGGUUGGAAUUUCCACCUGUGAAAAUACCUUCUUUCGGCGUAUCUCUUCCAAAAUGCACAGGCCCUGAAGUUGAUAUGACUGUGAGCAAGCCAGGUGUCAAUAUUUCAGUUGAAAAACGAGAGAUAGAUAUUGAAAGACUGAAAGUCGAUGUGGGUGCUCCAGAAUGUGAAGGUGGUGUAGAGGCAGGUGAUGUCACCAUUGCAGGGAAAGGAGAAAAAUUUUACAUACCAAAAUUUAAAGCAAUAAAGUUUGGAGUUUCAACAUCUGGAAUGAAAUCUUCUAAUACGAAUGCUGAUAUUAGUGUUGCUCCAGUUGACAUCCCAAUUUCAAAAACUGAUCUUGUUCAGAAUGAGCCAAGCAUCGAUGUGAAAGCAGGAACAGUAGAAGGUCAGCGCAAUGUCGCACCUUUUGAUUUCAAGCAUGUUGAUGCCCAUCUGAAAAUGCCUGAGAUUCAAUGUUCACAAAUCAGUACUGGUGAUCCAGAAACAAAAGGGAAAAUUGAUGCUGAUACAUUGAUGCCCAAGACUCAACUUGAUGUUUCAGCUCCUGAAAUGUCAGUGGGCACUAAAGCUCCAGCACUAUUUUCAGUUUCAUUUUCGAAGUUUAAAUUUCCAGAUGUCGACUUUACAUCAGAAACAAAAGAGAAAGAUGUAUCACUAACUGAAGAUUCUGAUUUUCCCAAGGCUCUAACAAAAGAAUCAGGUCAAUCAGUUCAAGGAAAGUCUUGUGAGCAUUCAAAUAAAACAGCUCCUGAACUGAAAGGUCAAGGGGGUGCUGAACUGACAACAACAGAUGAAAGUUCUCCAUCAAAGGGGAGGAAAAGUUGGUUUAAAUUUCCAAAAAUUAACUUUACCUCACCAUGGAAGAAAGGAAAAGCCGCUGAUGAUGAAAAACAAACUGCACAUGAAAUUCCAACUUCUAGCACAGAACCAGUGACUGAUGUGAAAUCUGAUGGCCAGGAUUUUUUACCUACAGAUGAAGUAUCACCAGCAACUAUGCCUACAUCAAAAGAAGUAGUGGUUGAGGAUACUGAUGAUGGCACAACUCAAAUAGUAACAAUGAAAUCUAAAGACCUUGAUACCAUAGCCGGAGGCGCAUACGUGGUAACACCCAGUCAAGUUGUGACAUCAACCGCCAGAACUGAGCUUGCCUUGCUGGAAUCAGGUGAUUUCAGGAUAAAUGUCCAGUCAACCAAAACAAGUAAACCAGAACCUUCUCAUCAAGGCCAUGUUCCAAUCUGUGAAACUUCAUCUGAGCCUCAUCAAGUUAUUCUGACUGGAACCAAAAUUACAAAAUCAAAUGAUAAACAAAGCACCCCAAAACCAGGAAUCCUUCAAAGUUUUAACCUACCAAUAUCCCCACCACCUGAAGGCCCAACACACACACAUCCAACAGAACAUUCCACAGUUGUCACCAAAGAAUCGCUCAUUAAAGAACAAGCUACCAGUGGGACAGCUGAAUUGUCUGAAUUCCACUUUCCCAAAUCAGAUGACACUGUAUCUGCCACCCUUACUAAGAAAUAUACCAAAACAGGAGGAACUGUAGUUGUCUUAACUGAGCGUUCCGUAAUACAAAGAGAUAUCGCUCCUGGAGCAAUGGCUACUGAUGAUACAUCGGCUGUUUUUGCAAGAAUGGGAGAAAUGAUUCAAAGUGAACAAAAACAGUUCUUUGAAAUAUCUCAACCUACAUCUGCUUCCAUCUCUAUAAGCAAGUCUGAGACAAAAGAAAUUAAAAACACAACAACUAAGGAAUAAACAUGCAUGGACAGCUUUGUUCAUAAUGGUGAUAUGAUGCUUUUACACAAAGAUUACCUGUGCUGUUUCCUGUAUUUAACUAAAUAACUACUUGAUUAUUCCAUGCAAGAGAGGUAUUUUACAGAGCAAUAAGGAUAUUUCAUUUUGCACUGAGUGUUAAAGAUCACAAUUUCAAACUAUGAUGACAUUUGCUUCAAUAGCAACAAAUUCAGAAUUAAAAAUAAAAUUCAGUAAAUUAUACAUCAUUUUGCAUAUUUUUGUCUAUAGGUUGCUGAAAGUUAUGCUUGAUACAAAUAUAAUGGGGACAACAUUCAUGUCUUUAAGUCACUAUUUGGUGGCGCACACCUUACCUAUGGUUUUCAGUCAGAUGAGAAUGGUAACUUUAUGUCUUCACAUAACUUAAUCCUUUCUGAAUAAUCAUUUGCAUAGUUAGUAUCAUUAAACUUAAGUGUUAAUAAGGAUUACAAUCUCAAUAUGAUUUGUACAUUCAAGUUUUUAGGCAGAGAUAACUGAAAUAUGAAUAAAGAGUAAAUAUGAAAGAAUUAAGAUUUUAUCAGAAAAGAACCUUAAACGUCGACAAUCCAUCUCCAAUGAAAAGCACUUUUAACUUCAAUUAUCAGCAAGUUCGAAACAAGUAACAUUUAAGAAAUAUGCCACACUGCGUGGUAUAGUAUAAGACAUACCAUAAUAAACUAUUCUUGACCUUAUCAAGCUAAGUUACAAUAAUGGUCAGGAAGGGAAUACCUUCAGCCUAAAGAAAGCAUCCAUUGCCAGCAUCAAACAUUUUCAGCUGCGGAGAUACUUUUUCCACUCAAUUAACCUCAGCAUUUAGAAACAUAUAUCACAGUGCACCGGUAAUAUAUUUUGAUUUUUGUCAUUAUUUAUCAUUGGGCCUAUCUAAGUGACAUUGUCAAUUGUUGUCAAUUUAGGAGUAAUUUCCUGCUUUUGCCCCAAGACCACUAGAAUUCAUUUCAUAUAGAAUUCUUAUAACCAGAAGGUAGAAGACACUUUCAUCACGUCUGUCUUGAAUCCAGGUCUCAGAGGGGGCUUAAUCCACUGCACUGCUCAAUUUGUACAACAUAAUAUUUCUCCAACAAUUAUCAUGGGCUUUAUGCCAUUGAUGUAGUUCUUGUUAUACAUGAUGUCAUAAAACACAUUUAAAGCACGCACGUGAAAAACACACAGUAAAAAUGCCACAAAUAAGGAUUCAUCACUCAAGUAGUUAAAUUCAAAAUGGCAAUCAAGCUCAGUAUAUGGAAUUCUAAUGUGUUUCUUCUCCUGGAAAUGGUAAAAAAAUGUGUCCAAAUAUGUGUGAAUAAUUUUGCUGUAAAUAUGAUUAACUGAAAUUUGCAAUCUGGAAGCUGCUGUUGAUUCAUGCCACAAUUACUGUGGAGUAUUACACAUAUGGAAUAUUGAUUUUGCUUUGCUAAGUUUUCUUACAAUUGCUAACUUUGUGUAUGUAUCAUCAAUAAAAUAUCCGUUUAGACAUAAAA